AUGACGAUCGACAACUACGACAUCCCUCCGACCAUCCUUACAUCACGUAUAUUCCCUGGGAUUAUCCCCUCGACCUCACAUCAUAAUGUCUCAUGGAACGAUGAUGGACAGUGUCUCUUCGUCACUAAGAAGGGCGUCAAUAUACUUACUCCUCACUUGACCACUACAUUCGCACCCCCACCUACACUCGUCGACCCAUCUCUAUCACUUGAAAACCCCUCUUCUGCCAUAAACAAUGAGAAACGACGCGCAGCAUCAGCAGCGUUCGUAGUGGAUGAUAACCUAUCUGAUGAAGAUGGUUUAGAUAAUUAUGAUGAAACUCCCUUACCCUCCAAAGAUGGCGGAAAGGGUAAAGGAAAAGAAACGAAGGUGAGAAGACCGAGAAAAGGUGAAAUCAAAUUUUGGAAUACUGGCGUAGAAGUCGAUACUAGUAGGAAAAGAGAUGAUGUGUAUGGAUGGGAUGACGUAGGCGAUGAGAUCACGUCUGUGAUAAGUGAAAAGGAAGUUACGACUAGACAAUCUAUCUGGUCACCUUCCGGCUUAAGCGAUCUUGGAGGAUCGCUCCUUGUGGUUGUCAAUAGUGCGAUGCAAGUCUCAGUUUAUGCGCCGAGGAAUGACCCGUAUACCAAACAAUGGGAUGAAAUAGCAGACUUGACAUCGAUAAUGAGAGGCUCCUUACCGCCUGAAGCGUUAUCAGAUGGAUUGAGUGUAGAAGGAAUGUUGGAAAUGCGCACUAUUUGUGCUCAAUGGUCGUCGCACCUUCCAUUACCGUCCAUGAUAGGUGUAGAUGGUAGUUUAUUAGCAUUGAGUAAUAGAGCUGGACGCAUCUCAUUUUGGAGCUACGGGCUUGAAAAGAGGUUCCAUCAAAUUCAGUUUGUCCAGAUAUGUGAACAGGGGGGAUGGGUCACGGAUAUGGCUUGGUCCAAGUGGAGGAUACUGGAUGAUCAGACUUACGAAGCACACCUUGCGCUUGCUCUCACGAACGGCUCAGUAGAAGUCUUGAUCGUGCAGCGGAGAGCGCAGAUUGAUCAGGCAAACCCGAAGAAGUGGGCUCUAGAAAUACAAGCUCCGAUAGUGAUGAUAGAUCGAGGUGAUAAACGACAUAUAACGUCCAUCAGAUGGAUUGACGAUGCCUUGAUAUGGACCAAAUCCGGGACUAUACAUAUCUUCGCUCCGGAAGGAAAUCAGACUGUCCACUGGAGUGGAACAUUAUCCUUGAGGUUGGACAGAGUGGGGAACUGGGCAGGAGCAAAUGGCUUAGGACCAUGUAUCGGCAUAAAUCGUAUUAACCGUGAUACGUUGAUCAUCAUCUUAUCCUCGCUAACUACCCAUCUUCUUACCGAUUUCACCACUUCACCAACGCUGGCCCACCCUCACGACUCUCUUCGUACCGCGCUUGCACUUCGAGAUAUGUUCGAAGAUCAUCUGUCGAUCGACCCGUUGAUUAGAGUUAGGUUUAGAACAGUGCAAUUACAGCCCGAAGGAUGGACGGCAAAUACUGCUGGAUGGACAAGUCUGGGCUGGGGCAGUGUAGGAUCUUGGGUGACUGAACCAACAAGUUUCCAUAAUCUCGAUAAUGCAACGGAAGGCAAACGAUCAGUGACUUUUGUACUUGGAAGCAUGGGAAAGGCAGGUCCAACACCGGACGAAACAGUCAUAGAAGCUUUGCGUAGGGCGUUAGCAGACCCUCCGAACCUGUUACAUACGACCUCUGGCAAGGUGUUGAUACCGUACCUCUUACACAUCCUUAGUAUGAAGGACUCAGAAACCCUAAUGGAGGAUCUGCUGAGCUUGACUUCUUCAAUGUUGACUGCCGAGACACAGGCACGUCAAGUUGAUCAAGCAGGCCUGAUUGAUGGUUUCUGGGGUCAGAAACCAUUGGAUCAGCUUAGACUUGCAUACGUUCUAUCAUCAUGGUGCGAGAGUCAUUUCUCAUCCGAAGCGACCGAUUUUCAGCGAGUCGCAGCAACCGUGUUACGGUCGAUAACCACCCGUCUGAUCGAUGUUCUCUUGAAAUGGGCAACAACCGCACUACAACAUCAAAGCCUGGGCAACCUGGAUCGUCAAUUCAUAUGCCAACUGCUCAAAACAGCCAACCAGCUGUCCGAGGAGCAAACUGACUCCAACCUGCUCAAGUUGAUCAAAGACAUAUCAAGCAAGCUUGAUCAAGCCCAAACACAAGAUAAUUCGGAAGAACGAUGUCCUGCAUGUAUGACCGCAGUUGGGGCGGAUGGUACAUGUGCCAAAGGGCAUAUGUGGACACGAUGUUCCAUUACUCAUCUCCUGAUCACUCAUCCACAUUACAGAGUGUGUUCGACCUGUCCCGCCAUUUCGCUUCUUCCAAAGAGACACCUAUCUAUUCCUAUACCGGUUGAUGAACAAGGGAAGGACCAUGACUUCCAAAGAUUCAUUCCUUCCCCUUCAACGGCAGUCGAAGAAGAUAGCUUGAUUCAGAUAGCGCUGGAAGCUGCUAUAGCGUGUUUGAAUUGUGGUGGGAGGUGGCAGAGGGCUGUGUAA